AAAUGGGCAAAAUAUGUGAAGGUAUAAACUUCCAGUUACAAAAUAAGUCAUGGAGAUGAAAAGUACACCAUAGGGAAUACAGUCAAUAGUACUGUAAUAACUUUGGUGCCAGAUGGUAGCUGGAUUUACCCUGGUGAUCAUUUCAUAAUAUAUGUGUGUGGAAUUCUAUGUUAUAAACCUGAAGCUAAUAUAAUAUUGUAUGUCAACUACACUCCAAUUAAAAAAAAUUGCAUUAGGUGGGGCUACAGGAGAAAAUGGUGGCCUCCACAGGAGUUAAAGUUCCUCCUCGUAAUUUUCGCUUGUUGGAAGAACUUGAAGAAGGACAAAAAGGAGUAGGCGAUGGUAUGGUUAGCUGGGGCCUUGAAGACGAUGAAGAUAUGACACCUCUAAGGUGGGAAGGCAUGAUUAUUGGACCACCAUGGACAAAAACAAUAUAUAGCUUGAAAGCACAAUGUGGACCUAAAUACCGAGAAGCUCCUCCAUCAGUUAGAUUUGUAACCAAAAUUAAUAUGAAUGGAAUUAAUAAUUCCAGUAGAAUGGUGGGUGCAUGGAGUAUACCAGUGUCAGCAAAAUGGCAAAAUUCAUAUAGCAUUAAAGUUGUACUUCAAGAGCUAAGACGUCUCACGAUGUCCAAAGAAAAUGUGAAGCUUCCACAGCCACCAGAAGGACAUAACACAAUUAAUUUUAGUGGAUCUCAAACUUGUCUUAAAUCAACAACCUUCUACUCAUGUUAACUGACAAUGCAAAAUACCCACACAUUAAGUAAAAGAAUUCCAGUUGGUAAACAUGACCUGGAAAUUUGUGAGAAUAUAUUUAAUAUAUGUACACCAUUAUAUUUUCAGCUUACAGGAGGAAAAAUGCGGCACCAUUUUUUUUUCUCUUGUUAAGGCACUGUCAUUUAACCAUAAACCUGGAGUACUCAGAAUUCAGGUUUACAAGAUGAAAGCAUGGAGAAUCAGAUGCUGUGGAAGCAUGUGUUUCUGAAAAGUAAAAAAAUCUCAAAAAGGAAAAACAGAAAUGGCAUACUUUAUCCAUCUUAGUGAAAGAGAUUCAAGUUGAAAUUGUCUAAAGUAGCAGGUACAAUGAAUCUCAUCACAAAUUGUGUUAAUUUUUGAAGCGGUGUCGGUGCUGACCACUAGUAGUAUCAAAAAUAUGUUCAGGAUUGUUUUGAUACCUGUAUUUAUAAUAAAACAAUGUUGUGGGGGAAGCCGAUGGGUAUCUGUUAAAAGCCAUUCCUGUGUGUUACGUGUAACAGACAUGGUAAAUAUUUGUUUACAAUCUUUGACAAAACAUGCAUUUAAGAGAAAUCAACAAAAAAGGAAACAGGUAUAUGGAUAUGUGAUUUCGAGAUUAAAGUUAGUCUUAAAAUGUAAAAAGAAAAAAAAAACUGCAUUAGGUGAAUAUUUCAAGUUUUCCCUUGAGUAGAGGAACCAGACAGAUGCCUGAUAUAUGCACUCUAUUCAACACUGGUCCUCACCAGUGCAGUACAUCAAGAAAAAAGAAAUAAAAGGUAUGAGG